GUGGCUGGGGCGGAUAUGCAGCUCGCCGCAGCAGGAUCUUUCCUCACCAUCCUCCAGGACGACAUCGUCCUCAUCCAGACGCACACACACUCAAUCCUGCAGAUCGUCCUCCUCAACCUAGACCACAGGGACACAGUGGUCAGCAGCGCUUGGCUCGAGACUUUGUUAUCAGCAAUUGAUGCUUUACCAAAAGAAACCAUCAGACAGGAGAUUCUGAGCCCACUGGUAUCGAAAGCUCAGCUCUCGCAGUCUGUACCGGCUCGUCUGGCCAGCUGUCGCAUCCUGGGGAAGGUGGCUGCCAAAUUUGAGUCAUCAGUGGUGAAGAAGGACCUGCUGCCUCUGGUCAGGUCGUUGUGUCAGGACGUGGAGUACGAGGUGCGCGCCUGCAUGUGUCGCCAGCUGGAGAACAUCGCCAGGGGAAUUGGAGCGGAACACACGAAGGCUGUGGUGUUGCCGGAGUUGGUGGAGCUGGCACGGGAUGAGGGCAGCACUGUGAGACUGGCAGCCUUUGACACCAUCAUCAACCUCCUGGAGAUGUUCGACAGCGACGACAGGACGCGUGUUAUAUUCCCGCUGGUGAAGACGUUCUGCGAGAAGUGCUUUAAAGCUGACGAGGCAGUGCUGGCGUCGCUGUCCUUCCAGUAUGGCAAACUGUGUCAUGGCCUCUCAGCGUCUUUCACAGACGAACAGCACCUCUGGUUCCUGGAGUUCUAUAAGAAGCUGUGUUGCCUGGGUCUGCAGCACGAGAACGGACACUGUGAGAGCCAACCUUACCCUCUGGAACUGGAGAACAAGUACGCACUGGUGCGCCGCAACUGCGCCUACAAUUUCCCAGCCAUGGUGUUAUUUGCUGACCCAAACCACUUCCUGUCUGAGCUGUACCGGACCUUCUCAAGCCUCUGUCACGAUCCUGAGAUCUCCGUGCGGCGCACGGCUGCCGAGGGGUUCCAUGAGGUGGUUAAACUGUUGGGUCCAAAUGUGCAUUAUGUCCACAAAGAGCUGAUCACCUUACUGCAGGAUGACUCAUUAGAGGUACUGGAUGCUCUACUCAAUCAUCUCCAGGAGACAUUGGAACUGGCAACAUCCAGGGGAGAGGGAGCAGGACCUGAGAGCAAGCAGGUGAACGUUCCUGACCUGGUUCCUGCGCUGGUGGGUGCUGAGCAGAAGGCGGCGUCCUCACUGCGCUGGCGUGUCCAUGAGAAGCUGCUGCAGCGUUACUCCUGUCUGCCUCGCGUCAUCUCCGGAGACCACAUCUACUUCCGCUUCCUGCAGAGGAUGUUCAGCAUCAUCACUACUAAUAAUGUUUUACCGGUGCAGAGGGAAGCAGCCCGGACGCUGUGCGUGUUUCUGCGCUACAACCGUAAGCAGGAACACAGGCAGGAGAUCAUCAGCAAAAUAAUGCAGGAGCUAGCGCAAGGGCGGAGUUACUGGAACCGGUUACGGUUUCUGGACCUGUGUGACAUCGCUAUUGAUCUCUUCUCGAAAUCCUAUUUCUGUAAACACUUCCUCCUGCAAGCGCUGGAGCUCAUCUCCGACCCCGUGGCUAACGUCAGGUAUAAACUGUGCUACAUGCUGCCCAGGCUCAGGUCCACCAUCCGGCUACCUGCAGAUAAACAUCUGCUCCAGCAGCUGGAGUUCUGUGUCAGAAAACUGCUCUGUCGCGAGAAGGACAAAGAUGUUGUAGCCACCGUGCGCAAGACAGUCCUGGAGUUGGACAAAAUGGACAUCACGGAACCGUAUCAUAAAAGGCAUGAAAGAGACCUGCUGGACCAAAAGAAGGAGAAGGAGGAGACCUUACUGCUGGAAAUGGAACUGCUAGAACGUCAGCAGAGUGAAGCGAAACUGACUGGAGAGAAGCACAGUGAAAAAAAAAGACGAGACAGCAAAGCAGGACUGUCUGGUACCAAAGGCAUGUCAGAGUCCAGAUCCGGAGCCACCCUGUCCGCAUCUGCUGGUAAGGAGAUGCGGAGAGCCAAACUGGCUCGCAGUCGUUCCCUCAGUAGCCACCCGAGCACCCCGAAAAUGUCCAACUCUGAUAAAACCCUAAAAGUGAAGGAAUCAGGAACUUGUCCUGGAUCAGGGAAGAGCUCCAUAAUAACAAUGAAUGAUGAUGCCCUGAGACCCCAUCAUUUUGUGGCAUCCUCAUCCACGUCGCUGUCCCAGACUCCCUCCACCUCGUCCAUGCCCGUGCUGAUCCGCAGCAACACGAGUAGCUCUGUAGAGCAUCGCAGCAGCAACAGCAGCAAAGACGCACAGUCCAGAAAACUCUCCAUACAAAGGAAAUCUAACUCGUUUGGUAUGCAGUCUGGAAGGGAAUGA